AAAAUUUGAAAAAGAAGCUAACCCGCGCAGUCAUCUACCACCUCCUCGCCGGCGGCGACCUAAAUUUGUCCAUUUUACCCCAAUUUGCGUUCCAACUCCGGCGAGUCCUUCCUAUCUUCGCCGUCAAUAUAAUAGUAGUAGCUUGUAUGUAAAAGUUUUACUACUACACAGAUCCAUCGAAUGGGUGUUAAAGAAAACUGCAGAAACGAGCUCCGAGCCGCCGUCCGUCAGCUCAGUGACCGCUGUCUCUACUCAGCCUCCAAAUGGGCGGCAGAACAGUUAGUGGGAAUUGAGCAAGACCCAGCAAAGUACACCCCGUCUCACACAAGAUUCCAGCGUGGCAGCUCUAGCAUCCGUCGCCGGUUCCGCACAGCCACGGAAGCUGCUUUCACUUCAACCCCUGCUGCGGGAGUAUCACAUGUGGCUACGCCGACUGUACCGGAGGAUGACAACGAAGCCAUUGACAGCGAUUUUUACCUGCUCGCUAAGUCCUACUUCGAUUGUCGGGAGUACCGGCGGGCAACACAUGUGCUCCGUGAUCAGACUGGCAAGAAAGCCGUGUUUUUGCGCUGUUAUGCCCUUUUCUUGGCCGGUGAAAAGCGAAAAGAAGAGGAGAUGAUAGAACUCGAGGGACCCUUAGGCAAGAGUGAUGUUGUGAACCACGAACUGGUUUCUAUUGAGCGGGAGUUGUCUGCACUUCGAAAAAAUGGAAGCAUUGAUUCCUUUGGCCUUUACUUGUAUGGUCUUGUUCUUAAGCAGAAAGGCAGUGACAAUCUUGCUAGGACAGUUCUUGUUGAGUCAGUAAAUAGCUACCCCUGGAACUGGAGUGCUUGGUCUGAGCUGCAGUCGUUGUGCACCACAGCUGAGACAUUGAACAGUUUAAACCUUAAUAACCACUGGAUGAAAGACUUCUUUCUAGCCAAUGCUUACCAAGAGCUUCGUAUGCACAGUGAGUCAUUGGUGAAAUAUGAAAAUUUGCAAGGGACUUUCAGUUUUAGCAAUUACAUCCAGGCCCAGAUUGCUAAAGCUCAAUACAGUCUUAGAGAAUUUGAACAAGUAGAAGUUAUAUUUGAAGAACUUCUAAGAAAUGAUCCUUACAGGAUUGAAGACAUGGAUAUGUAUUCCAAUGUGCUAUAUGCAAAGGAAUGUUUUUCAGCCUUAAGUUAUCUUGCACAUAGGGUAUUUUUGACGGAUAAAUACAGGCCAGAGUCUUGUUGCAUUAUUGGGAACUAUUACAGUUUGAAGGGGCAGCAUGAGAAAUCUGUAAUGUAUUUUCGGAGGGCUCUUAAAUUGAAUAAAAAUUAUUUAUCAGCUUGGACACUUAUGGGUCACGAGUAUGUAGAGAUGAAAAACACUCCAGCAGCAGUUGAUGCCUAUAGGCGGGCUGUGGACAUAAAUCCAUGUGAUUAUCGAGCCUGGUAUGGAUUAGGACAAGCAUAUGAGAUGAUGGGGAUGCCAUUUUAUGCUCUUCAUUAUUUUAAGAAGUCAGUGUUCUUGCAGCCGAGUGAUUCUCGAUUAUGGAUUGCAAUGGCCCAGUGUUUUGAAACGGAACAGCUUCAUAUGCUUGAGGAGGCAAUAAAAUGUUACAGAAGGGCUGCAAAUUGUAAUGACAGAGAAGCAAUUGCACUUCACCAGCUAGCAAAACUGCAUGCUGAACUUGGUCGUUCUGAAGAAGCAGCAUUUUACUACAAGAAAGAUUUGGAGAUUAUGGAAGCUGAAGAACGGGAAGGUCCUAACCUAGUUGAAGCUUUAAUGUUUCUUGCAAGAUAUUAUAAAGCUCAAAAGAGAUUUGAAGAUGCAGAGGUUUAUUGCACCCGCCUUCUAGAUUAUUCUGGCCCAGAAAAGGAAACAGCAAAGAGUCUACUUAGAGGAAUAAGAUAUGAAAUGGAUGUUGAGCAUCUUCCACCCUGAUAAGUUUCUUUUUUCCUUUACAAACCUGUGUAUGAAUUUGGAGGCACCAACUGAACAAACAGCUAAGAAGCUUGGACAGUUCAGUCGAACAGCCAAAAAGUUGGGAAUCUAAGCUGGCA